AUGAACGAGCAGCUACAGCAAAUUUGUCAUAAUUUAGCGGAGCUGGAACGCUUAGAGUUGGUCUUCUGCGAAAGAAUCUCGGACGCCGGCUUUCGCCAUCUUAACGUACUACAGAAACUGACAGAGCUUCGCCUCUGGGGUAUCAAGGCGUCCAAGCAGCUCUUCCAACACUGCUCAUGCUCACUCUCCGCACUCCAGAAGCUGCUCAUCUACUCCAACGAGAGCAUCAACGGCACUACGCUGCGGGACAUCGGAACGCAGCUGACCCGGUUGAGUAGGGCAGUCUUCUACGAUUGCUAUUGGGUCGAUAACGGGGCCAUCGAAGAACUGAAAGCCCGACUACCCCACUGUGAGGUGCUGCACCUGUACGACGGUGACGAUUUGCCCCACUCGUUGGCCAACGAAGAGCAGAUCUACAACCGGAGUUCGGAUUCGACAACCUCCGAAGCAUCGCCCAAAGGUUCGAAUACUGUAAAAUCCACCGGAGGUCAGGGUGCGGCGCUUCUCCAGUCCGACAAAGAUAACAACGUCGUAGAUAAAAUUGAUGCAACUACCAGCGAUCAAUCCGAGGCCAAGGUCGACGACGACGUCGACAAGGGCACCAAAAAGGAGAAGAAACUGCGCUGCCUGACUUGCCGCAAAAAGGUCGGACUCGUUGGCUGCGUGUGCCGCUGUGGUGGACUUUUCUGUGGUCUCCAUCGCUAUAGCGAUAAGCACGAUUGCUCAUUUGACUAUCGGAGUCUCGCCGCAGGCGAGAUUAAACGCAACAAUCCGAUCGUGACCGGUGAAAAGAUUCGGAAAAUUUGA